UUCGUCCCAUUCUCUUCAGUUUUGUUUACAUGUUGCUCCAAGUGUCACGGGUGGUUAUUGAUUCCCUGCUUUUAACACGAAUCCACAUGAAAUGACUAGAAAUAAGAGCAGAGCAAAGAAGAGGACGACUAACCAGACCAAGAAAAGCAAUGGUCAGGAGAAGAAGUCGAGCAGCGAUGAGAAGAAACAGUGCAGAGAGUUGGAGGCCGCCAGACGUCACCGCUUCAAUUGUGUCCUGGAGACGCUGCGGGAGGAGCUGCCAAACUGUGGGCCGUGCGCCAAGGUGGAGGUGAUUCACAGCGCCAUCAAAUACAUUCGAGAGAGUAAGGCCCUGAAGGAAAGUCUUCUCACUGGGAAUGGUGCACCGGAGCUCAAACGUGAAAUCCACCGUUUGCUGAAGCAGGUGGCAGUACUGAAGCAACGCAAUGCAGUCCUCAUGAAGCUUCUCCAGGAGAUGGGCCUUCGCUUUGACACAGAUGAUGGUGCUGGGGAGCUCAUCUGCACAAUACCAGGUGGAUUAAGCUCUACUUGGAAGGGUUUGCAUGCUGGAACCUGUGUCCAGAACAACUGCACCAAUGCCAUAGUGAAGAAACUGAACUAUGGCCAGCGCACUCCCGUGGUUGUCAGGGAGCAGGCCCCAGACAACCAUGACGAGGAUGAAGAUGACCCAGGAAUGGACUGUCCUGACCCGGACCCAGAGCCUGACCCUGAACCUCAGUCUGAGCUUCCUGAAAAAGUGCAUCGACCCUCCCCUGAGGCUCCUAGUGUCCCGGCCACCACUGAGCAAAAACACAGUGCCUCCACUACAUACACCAGCCUUCCACAAAGAACUGGUGGAAGUUUGUGUAAUGGUAGUAGUGAUAACAGCAGCAGUAAUAGUGGCAGCAGUAGUGGUGAUAGUGUUAAUAUUGGCAGUAAGAAACCGGUGGCACUAGUAGUGAGACCAAGUUCCGAGGCUGUGUUCAACUCUUCUCAAGCUGUGAUAAGUCAAGAGAAUAAUAAUAUCAUAACCCUUCCUUUAAUUAAUGAUAAGGAGCAAUCAGUGACAGUAUUACCACAGACGUGUGAAAGUGCCCCCAUUACUGUGAGGAGUGUGAGUCCAGUGAGAGUGUUGUCUGAAAGGAGUGUGUCUGAUAAAGAGUCCAGUGUAAAUAUUGGUAGUGUGAGGGAAAGAGUUAAUGCCCUGCCAGAAACUGCACAGGAAGCAGAGCAGGAAGGAAAUGUUUCAUCCCCAAAGGAAAAGAUAGUAGUGGAAGGUGUUGACAAGCAUGGGACAGUUACUGUGAGCAUUAUAGAGGAAGAAGAUCCCAAGACCAUUAGCUCCCCACCCAAGCAGGUCUCUAAGAUAGGGAUAGAGAGAGCUUCAAAGAUUCCAGAGGCUGUGAAGAAGUCUGUGUUUACCUCUUCUGAAACUUGCUUGGGAACACAAAAUGUACCAAAUGUUACCAUACGUUCAGGGGGACAGAGACAAGCAGUAUCCUGUGCACCUCAGGUUCCACCUCAACCCUGCAAUACCUUCCACAGUCCCUCACAGAUGGUCACGCUGCAGGUCCAGGGGGAGGAGAAGAGUGCCGCAAAGGGACAGAAGGUCUUUUUACUUCAGUGUGGCAACCCAGGUCCAGGCACCAUUCAGCUAGUAUCUCCUGUCACUGAUAACUCUCAGCGGACAUAUGUGACCUCCUGCCUCCCUGGUGUGCCUAUCAUGUCCACAGGAGGCCCUCCUCCUCUUAUUCAGGGAGGAAAAAUUGUUAAAAUGGUUAACAGUUCUCCAGUCUUUCUCCUUCCCCGCCAGCCAAUCAUCACCCCCAUUGCACCUGUAGCAAGAUUGAAGCCUAUCGCCCCUAAACCUUGUGCCUGUAAGCCAGUGUCUUCAUGUCCUUCCCGGCCCAUAGUGAGUGUCUCCACUCCCUUCUCCAAGACUCAGCUGUCUCCCACUAAAAAGGAUGCACCCCAGGUCUCAGCCAAAACACCACCAAAACCUAAGCGACUCCUUGAAAAAUGUGAUGACAAACCCAUCAAACGGAGCAAAACCUCUUAUGAGCAGGAUGUGGCAGCAGCAUCCAAACUGAAUCCUACUCUGCAGCAACAGCAGGGACAGCAGCAGCAACAGCCAGAACAGCAACAGCAGCAGCAACAGCAGCCACCCCUGGCACCCUCACCACCAGCCCUUCAGUCUCCACAGAAGGAAAUUACUAUAGGUCAAGUAGAGAUCUCUGAUGAGCAAGGACAAGAUUUACAAGAAAUAUCCACCUCAACCCUAAAUGGCCUGGUGCACUCAGCGAGCAUCAUGGACUGUGUGGAGGAGGAUGCCCUUGGGAACAUCAUGGAUAUUCGAGUGGUGGACAUGCCCUGUGUCCAUGGCUCUGCCAUGGACACAGCAAAUAGUGCUGACGACAGAUUGGUUGAGAUGCUACGCUCAAUUGACGAGAGUGACCCGAGAUCCUGUGACUUUUCCCCGCCCUCCUCGCCCUCAGUGGUCAGCUCAGAAGCUUUUGUCAAGCCAGUUAAGUUGUCAGACCCUCAGGAGGCUGCAGAGGUGACGCAGGCUGAGACUCUCAGUCACAGUAACAAAGUGGCUCUCCCAGAAACAUCCAGUCAAGAGGCAUCUCAGACAAGUUCAUCGCCAGCAACACUGAAGCAGGGGGAGGCCAUGGAAUGUGUAGUCAGUUCUAGAGGGCCCACAGAAAGUUCCCUAAACAGCAGCUCAUAUAGCAUCACUUCUUUGUGUCUCUCAUCUCGACCUCCUGAGGACAUUGACACACCUAUCCAGGACAUUCCAUCACACCCACAUCCCUCAUCCUCCAGUACCUACCUACCUGAGCUUCCAGAUACAUUACCAGAUGGCACAGCAUCCUCUUUGCCGUCUAUAACUCCAAGCACCCAAGCAAGAGUCUCAACACCACUCAUUCUCUCUAGUUCCAUGUACUCAUCACUUCCUUCCUCACUUUUGUCCCGGGAGCAUCUUCCAAAAGCUUCCUCUGCGCCUUCAAUUUGCCAGGUGACUUUAUCCUCUUCCUCUUUUCUAUCCCCAUCUCUGUAUCCCCAGCCUCCCUCCAAUCUGAAUUUAGGCUCUCACUCUCUCACUUUGGGUGCAACAUCACUCACUUUCCCUCAGACAGCCUUCUCCUCUGACCAGCUUCCCUCUUUUGCUCCCCUUUCAUCUUCCACCAUCACCACUACUGCUACUGCCACCACCACCACCUCCACUGCUGUUACUUCCACCACCAUGACUACCAUUACCAACAGCUCCACUACUGUCACCACCUCCACUACCUCGUCCUCCUCUUUGCCUUCCUCCAUGCUUACCACUAAAAUCACCACAAGCAACUUUACUUCCAGUUCUUCUUCUACUCCUUCCUCUGUCUUUGUCUCUGCCUCCAUUCCUGCUUUCUCCUCAUCCUCCUCAUCCACCUCCUGCACCCACUCUUUUUCUUCUGCCUCUUCUCAUUCCUCCUCCUCUACGUUCUCAUCUUCCUCGUCUUCUUUUCCAUCCAUCUUUUCAUUUCCAUCUUCUUUUCUUCCUUCCUUUUAUUCCUCCUCCUCUUCCUCUUCCAAACCAAUAUCACAUAUGGCUGUUGAUUCCUUGGUGCAGCCUUCUUGUCCAGCCACUACCUCUUCCUCCUCUUCAUCUUCCUCUUCCUCCUCAUCCUCUGUCACCACCACAAUCACUAUUCCAGUCACCACCACCUCAGCUUCUCUUAACUGCACAUUAGUACCAAACCUAUUCAUGAAUUCAUCUGCUGUGUCCACCACCUCAGUGCUUCAGCCACCGUCCCUUGCUCCCCUGCCUCUGUCAUCCCCUGCUUCUUUAUUGUUACCACCAUCUGCUCCUGUCACACUGUCACCUAUCACUACCUCACAUUUGCUGCCUCUGACUACCACUGUUUCCCAAGCACUCAGUCAGAAGACACAAGAAUCAUCAAGUUCGGGUUCACUCCUCCCUUCUGCUCCUCUGUCCAUGUCAUCGUUGCCUGCUCCUAUGUCAUAUUCUGCAUCGUCCACAUUCUCUGUGUCUCUGUCAUCUGUUAAAAAUGCUCCACUGUCACUAGCGCCAUCAACUUUGCCAUCACUGUCCCUCUCGUCAGCCACAGUCACGCCAGUAUUGCCACACAACAUUGAGGCAUCACUGCCAACGUCAUCAGCAGCAAUAGUCUCUUCUCCACUCUCCUUGUCAUCCACAUUCUCAAAAUCAAGGUCUUCAUAUCAAAUUGCUUCCCCAUCUUCCACCUUCUCUUUCUCACUAACAGCACCAUCAGCCACAUCCACUGUAACCAUAUCUUCCUCCUCUUCCUCAACCUCUACCUCUACCUCCAUAUCCACCUCCACUUCUAUACCUACCUCCACUACCUUUUCCUCUUCAUCUGGCCAGUCUGGUAGUAUGGGGCAAGCAUCCAGUUGUGCCUCUAUAUUCUUCUCUAAUCCUUCAAACAUGUCCCUUUCAACUUCUUUCCUGCAAUCAUUGCAAUCAUUGUCAUCCACCAGCACCUGUGCCCCAAGCCCCCUGUCUGUUGAUGCCCUCAGUGCCCUACCAGGUUGUGCUUCACUCCCUGGACCUCUGUUCACGUGUGCUCCCUCCACCUUUACUUCCCUGAUGAUGCCAGUCACUCAGACAAGCUUGAUGCCAUCACUGCCCACUGAGCCAUAUGGCAGCAUUGGGUUUGAGGGUCUCUCCCUUGCCUCCCCUGUUUUUGCCACCCUGGGUGCUAAGAUGCAUGAAACGGGUAAAUCAGACCCCAUGGGAGCAGGAACCAGCUCACUCCUACACUUCCCUGAGGUGCCUUCAUCAUCCUGUGAUCCAGUUCCUAAUUUCACACCUACAGUAGGAGCCUCCAUCCUGCCUCUCUUGCCCCAGAUGAGGACAGGUUUCGGGGAUACAGAGGAUGACAGAGCUAAGAACUGUCACAAAAAAAGAGACAGUGCUGGUACUAGUCUUGGAAUUGCUGACAGCAUGCUGCUCAGUGCUCCGCCCGUCACAACGACUUCAUCAACAGGAUUAUCAUCAGCAGCACCCAUUUCUUCUGCUGAGAUACCUGUCACUGCAUGUAAAUCACAAAAUCAGACCAAAUCUUUCACUUCAGUCAGCUCAAGAAUGGAGAUAUCAAAAUCUUUCUCUUCAAAAGAUGAAGCCAUUCCAAUUCCUGCAACCACAGCUGUAUCAGAGAGACCAAAGCUUACUCCAUCUUUAACAAAGAGUGAGAAAGAGAUGCCUAUGAUAAACUGCCACAGUACUGACCAGAAAUCAAGCAGCAAAGUUUCAACACACACUUUUGUCACUCCUAACCCUAAGUCUCAGGCAGAGUCUGUGACAGCAUCAAGCAAGGCACAAGAGAGAUCAGAGUGCAGAAAGGAGCCUCAACAAAAAGUUUCUCAGAGUAAUGAAGUAGAAGCAAAACAGAAAAUCCCCAGCAUAGAAACCAAGCCAAAUGAACAGACAUGUACUGACAUGUUGAAAAAAAUUUCUGCACCAUCUUCAAAGACUAAGGAGAGUAAUCCAUUCAUGCCAGAUUUAACAGAACACUCUAAAGAAAAGAAGGCCGAGCAUUCUCAGGAAAGUGUGUCCCAAGAUAGCAAACAAAGUAAACAAAAAGAAAAGACUCUUGUAAAAGAAAACAGCAGUUCAAAUCCUCUGAAGCAGUUAGAAGUAGAAAAGAAUAGGUCUUUGAAUUCAGAAAUUCCAUUGGUGAUGGAUUCUUCAACUAAAGAUAAUAAGCAGAUCUGUCAAGAAACAACAGAGGCUGAUGAGCCUCAAGCAGCAAUCACAUCUCAGAAUCUUUUAGGAAGAAACAUCAGUACUGGUGGCAGUGAUUCAGAACUUCCUGACCUUUCCCAUCCCAUCCAGGUGACUCACACAACAGCAGCCAUGCUGUCGAAGGGAACUGAUGACAUCCCUGCUGUUGCUUGCAGUGGGGGGCCAACACAGUGUGGGGAUGAACAGCUGUUGGCAAGCAUCUCGGAACAAGAUCUCAACAGUCAAGUUGGAAGCAGCAGUAUGCACCAUAGUCAUUCAAGGAAACAUGAGCAUAACAUAGUCAGUAGUACAGAUCAGUUUAAGAUGAGAACACAGGUGAAGCAUAUUUCUGUUCAGCAGCAGCAGGUACAGAAGCAUCAACAGCAUCAUCAGCAACUGCAAGCAGCCCAAUCCCAACCUCAGCAGCAGCAGCAACAACAGAAACAACUACAUUUGCAACAUCAUCAACAGCAUCAGCAACAGCAGCAGCAACAACAACAGCAACAACAGCAGCAGCAACAACAACAACAGCAGCAGCAGCAGCAGCAGCAGCAACAACAACAACAACAACAACAACAACAACAACAACAACAACAACAACAACAACAGCAGCAGCAACAGCAACAACAACAGCAGCAACAACAGCAGCACCAACAGCAGCAGCAGCAGCAACAGAAACAAUCACAACACCAACAACAACAGUUACAAUCUCAGCAACAACAAAAGGCACAAGCACCUCAGCAGCAGCACUUACAGAAACAGCAGCACCACCAUCACCAUCAUCAACAGCAGCAUCACCAACAGCAGCCCAAGGAGUCAGUAGGAACACAAAGCUCACCUGCGAGUGGACAGAACGUGACAUCACAACACAUUCCUAAAUACCAAAUUAGCCAUAAUCAGGUACAGCAUCAACAACAGAAGCAGCAGCAGCAACAGCAACAACUUCAACCACAGCUACAACAGCAACAGCAUCAACAGCAGCAACAUCAACAGCAGCAACAUCACCACCAGCAGCAGCAUCCACAGCAUGUAGGACACCACAGGACACAGUCACAUGCCACAGCAGGGCACAGCCAGUCUCAUAUCAACCAGACAGCACUACACAAACACCAACAGCAACCUCCAACACAACAGAUGACCUCACAGCAGCCAAGGCAGCAGAACUCAGUGGUACAGCAACAGCCACAACAAGUAACAGACCACUCGUUGCUUUCUCAUAAUAGUAACCUUGCCCCAGGGAUCACAGGUGGAGUGGUAGGAGAGGUGAAUACUGUUCUGGGAGACAAGGGAACCUCCAGCCAGAUAAUGCAGACACCACAACAGUCUGGGAUGGGAGUUACAAUCCCCUACCAUCCCCCUGUUGUCACUGCCCCAAGUUACAUGCAGCCCCCAACUUAUGACUACAACACAUACUGCCGAAAGGGCCCCAACUCUCCCAGAUCUGAUGGACGGCACCAGUGUUAUGGCUACACAGGGAAGCAGCAUCAUUACCAGCAUGGAGAGAUUCUGGCUCCAGACCCCAACAUGAUAACAGAUCCCCGACUGACCCACAAUGCCCCAAUGUUGAUGCCUGGCCCCUUCCUUGAAACACCUGAAGACCCAACCCCCAUGCGUCCUGAGCCAUCAUCAGAGCAUGUGCGGUCCUUCUCUGUGAGUCACCUUGUCAGCCACUCCAGUGAGCCUCGCAAGGCAUCAGUCAAUGGCCAGAAGGACAAUGUUACCACCACUCAGUCAGAAGAGAAGGCCAAGGAACUGCCACGAAGCAAGCCUGGCACCAGGAAGUCUGAAAGCAAGUCUCGAACCAGUGCCGGAAACAAGAACAGCUCCCAGUCCGAGUCACAUUCUCGACGUAGGAGUCCUGCACGAGGGUCCCAACAGAGCAACAGUGCUUCAGUGUCUGGUGUGAUGUGGGGUAACAGUAAUAGUAACAAGUCUUCCUCAGCUCACAAGCAAGGCCACAACUACUCAACAGAGGCUCUUCUCAGCUCUCAGAAUUAUAGUCGGGGUACACACCGCUCACCUGCCAAUCAGAACUACACCAUAAUGACCCCUAAUCAAAUGUAUCAGAGCAAUUACUCUUCUCAGCAGAUGAAGAAUUAUGUCCCUAACACAUCUUUUGGCUAUACAAGCCAUGACAGAAGUGGACAAAGCAGCUGUAACACAGAUUAUAAUUUUCAACUCCACACUCAAGCUUCAGGCUCCCUAACCUAUGGUGGCAAUAUGGCAUACAUGCCCACAGGAUAUCCAUACCAAAACUUACCCUCAUCAUCUUCCUCCAUGCUUUCUGGGGACAUCAUGGCUCCUCCACACCCCACAGGGCCUUAUCCCCGCUUCCAUGAUUUCCCAGCAGACCAGAGCAAUUUUCCUCCAAAUCCAACCUUCCCUCUGGCCCUUGACCCCCAGGAUGUGUGUAGUGGUGGGGGCCUGAUGGGGGCAACCAGUGGGGCCAUGGCCACCCGUCCUCACACUGACAUGCAGCUGGCCCCCACAUCCUCUGUGUCCUCCUCUGUAGCCUACUCAAGGUCCAGUUCCAACCGUAGCAGUGGCAAUGGAGGCACCACCACCAGUAUCAGUACCAGCAACAACCAUGUUGGGAGCAACAACAGCAGUGGCAACAGCAAGAGGUCACGUUAUGGGGACACCAACAUGGUCGGAGGAAGUAUGGGGGGUGCAGCUAACCUGCUGGAAGGAGGAGCACUCACUCAUAUAUCCCUUCAUUCCUUCACACCACCUUGUGAUGACCCAUCUCUUGUGCACUCCAACCUCUUCCCAGGCACAGCCCCUCGUCAUCAAGGGAACUUCCUUCUGGGCACGGACAACCUCAUGCCCAUCAACACACCACAGUACCCCAGCAGCAGCACCAGUAGCAGUGGCACCAGUAGUGGAGGAUCUGGGGCUGCCACACAGCUGGGAGUUGGGGGAGUGACUGGAGUACCAGGGAGCAGGUCUGGGUCUUCUGUGGUCCUCCCACCAGGUGCACCACCUGGCCCUGUCCCCUUCAGUCCCAUCCGCAUGGUGGACCGCCAGCAGGUGAACAUGGCUCCUCCUGUGGCUGCACAUUUCUCCUCAUCACUCUCCAACUUCAACCUGACCAGCAUCAUUCCAGAGAUUGAUGGAAAGAGUGGAGAGAGCAACACAGGCAUGGGAUCGUCCUCCUCACGCAGUGUUACAAACAACGAGGUGCUGAGUGCUGCAUCCUUGUCUAGCCAGGCCCGCCUCGCCCCCAUGCCAUCCUCCCUCCUCCCCCCAGCUGAGUCACUCAAGAGUCUUCCCUCUGAUGCCAACAGGCUACCUCCAGCAGUGCUCAACAACUCCAUGAACAACAUCUUCACUCACACACCUCACCACCAGAUGGGUCUUGGUCUGAAUUCUUCAUUGCCUCUUCCUCCCACCACCUUCUCUGGCAUCAAUUUUCCUACUCCAGAUCAUUGAGCAGGAUACAACAGAUACCUCCUCCCACUGUGAUGUAAACUAAAUGCAAUAAAUAUCUGCAGAAAAA